GCGCUACAACGCGGCAAAAGAAAAAAAAAAAUUUCCCCAUUUCCCCCCCCCCCCCACCUUCUCGCAUUCGGAAGUUGGACUCUGUCUUGACGCCUUGAAUCUGCUGUGCCCAAUUCGCUGUUGAGACUCUUCCGCAACCCCUUGUCUCGCAAAUUCUAUUUUCGGUCGAGUUCCCUCGGGAUCAGCCUCCCAAGCCACAUACAUCUUUUGAACAAAUUUCGUUUUGCCCGUCAUUCGCACUUGGCUCAACUGCGUUUCGUGAGAUAAUUACCCGCUCUACUAUACCUGGUGCGCAUCUCAAGCCCUCGACCACAACCAACUGCCCGCCACUCGGCCACUCGGCAAAAUCACACCUCGCAAGAUGACUGCCGUUGUUGCCGUUUCACCGAGCCUCUCCGCGUCCGAUCCAGACGAACCACACUUUGACCAUCGCGAGCACAGCGGAAGAGACACGGACGAUGCUCGGUCUGGUCGGACGCCACACCGAACAUCCUCGGCCCAUCGCCAGGGCCACAACGAGGGCGAGGCGCCAAGUAGUGCCGGGCGCUCAUCCAAGAAACCCAGCACUUCGUCCAAGCGAGCACCAGCCUCCUCCUCCUCUUCAGCCGCACAAGAACCACCAAUGCCAAGCCAACAACAACAACAACCACCACAACCACCACCAGGCGACAUGAUGAUGGCACCUGCGUUCCGCUACCCCAUGUACCCGCCAUUCAUGCCGAUGAAUAUGAUGCAGAUGCCACAACCUGGCCCGCCAAUGAUGAUGUCAUACGCCACCUCGCCGCGCGGCAUGCCAAACAUGGGGCCGUCAGUGGUUGGACAGUCGCCCUCGUCAUCGACAAAUAGCGAAGCAGGGUCUGUGCGGCCGCGCCCACGGAACUCUGCCAAUGCCAUCGCAACCAACUUGUUUGGAGCGCCAGCCAGCGCACGAAAAGGGCGGCCGGAGCAAAGCGACGCCGAGGACGCCGCGUCGAGCGACCCCCGCGCGCCCAGCAGCACUAUUGACUAUGGCGAGGACGACGAGCUUGAGCUGGAGGAUGACGCGCUGCCUGGAGACGAGGAAGAAGGCGAAUUGAACAAUCUUAGCAACAUGGCGCCCGUUUCCGCCAAGAUGGUCCGCGACAAGCUCACAACCCUCCAAGCCAUCAUCACCGAGCGCAUCAAAGACAUCCAAGUGAACACUGUCUAUGAGAUUCUCAACUGGAUUGGCUAUCCCGUGCAAGUCAUGUUUUCCAACAUUCACUCGGCGAACGGCGAAUUCUACAUGUCGACGCGUUCGAUUGGUGAAUUCGUCCUGCACCUGCUCCAUGCUUCCAUGCCCGUCAAAACGAACGUCACGACAACCAUCGUGCGAAAGUUCAAGUCCCUCGACCAGAACGUGUCCGACUAUGGCCUCUUGGUCAAGACGGUUGGCCAAAAGCCCGAAAAGGUCUACAUGGUGCAGAAGAUUCCAAUCGGCUCCCACGACCUGCCCCAAACGCCACAGCGUGGGCGAGGCUCUCACACCAACUCUCGCGGCACGACCUUCUACUGGCCCGUCGCGUACAUUCCCCGCAUUAUGCUUUCGCUCGUGGCCACUAUCAACCGUUCGCGAGCAUUCAAAGACAUCCAGCCCUUGUCCACCGGCGAGACGGAAGUUGUUGCCAGGACAAGCACACCCUCGAAGAGUUCAAGUUCCAACUCGGCAGCCGCUGGACGGACGAAAGGGCAGACCACCCCGAUCAAGAACGCCAACGUCCUAUCGGUCAACAAGGGGAGCGUCGCUGUGAUCAAGUCUGCAGCUGCGGGCAAAAGUUCGUCCUCCGCCAAGUCACCAGCUUCAAAGUCGCAACAGUCCUCUUCUCGCCCGCCCCCAAUGUCGCCUCUAUCUGCCGGCGGCCCGCCGUAUCCGGGCAUGAUGCCGCAGAUGAUGAUGCCGAUGGGACCUGGCAUGCCCCAAAUGAUGAUGGGUCCGAUGGGAAUGCACAUGGGCAUGAUGGGCGUCCCAGUGAUGGGCGGCAUGGUCCCCAUGGUGAUGGCUCAGCAGCAGCAAGCAGCAAUGCAAGCUAUGGGCCAGCACUACCCACCAGCGCCACACCAGAUGCAGCAGCAGCAGCAACACCAAACACAUCCGCAACAGCAACACUCAAGUGCUCAGCAGCAGCAGCGGUCUAGGCAACAAACGCAAGCGGGAGGCCGCUCCUCGGUCAAGGAGCCCUCUGCCGCGUCUCAACAUGAAUCGCAAGGGCAAUCAGAGACUCGCGAUCCCUUGGCUGCCAGCGAUGAAGAUGUUGCCUCCGUGCAGGACGAGUCCGAGCACCAUGAUGACGACCAGGACUGGCAUGGCGAGCAGGACAAGGACGGCGAGGGUGAUGAUUAUGCCGAAAGGGCACCGUCGCCUGCCUCCCUGUUAGCUCAUGUCGCCGUGAAUGCCAUGUCAAACACAACUCCCCCGUCAUCGGCUGCCAAGCGUUUCGCCGGCCAAGCCGAAGGCGAGCCUGAGGGCUCGCGGCCUGCCAAGCGGUUUGCUCUGGACCGCGCUGCUGGUGGCCCCGAAGACGAGAACGAUCGCACGUUGCUGGCCAAGCUCGGCGAAGAAGAGGAGCAUUCGGAACGAGUGGGCUCCAUCUUUCAAGAGGCUGCAGGCCAUCGCGAGUCCUCCAUGGCACAGAGCGUGCGUGGUGAUGACGAUGUGAGCAGUGACUACUCGUCCAAUCCGGCUCGCGCAAAGCGACACCGGAACGAGACGAGCGAGGAAACGGCCAACCGUCAACUUCUCGAAGAGGCCGAGGGGACCAUGAGCGACCCUGACUCUGAGCUGUUUGAUGAAUCAUCCAUCACGCAAGCGCGAGCGUUGCGGCACACGAUUCGCGAAAAGAAGCAGCGGCUGAAUGAGUUGCAGCAAGCGCAACGCGCGUGCCAGAAGCGCCUGCUCGACCUCGAGAACGAAAUGAAGGAGCAGCACGUCAACAUCACCGGCCUUGUCUUUGAAAUUGCCGAGUCCAAGGUGGAGUUGCACAAGCUCCGUGCCGACAACAAAUCGCCCGCCGAGCUCGAAAAUGACGACGACGAGGAAGAAGAGACGGAUGCUCCGGUUGAACUCCCUGACGUUGAUGCCCAAUGAAAGGGAGGGGUUGUUCACUCGUGGCUCUGUUUACUUUCAAUCUCGCGUUUUCUUUUUCACUUGUGUGGCUUGCUUUCGUUCUCGUCACAAACCCCAGUUAUGAUCUCCAAAACCUUGCUUUUCUGUUUGUCGAGCGAGACUUUAUCUUAUCUUGUCGUUCUUAAUUUUUUUGCUCUGUCCCAUGUAUUUUUUUUUGGGUGUGUGUGUGUGUGUCUUGUAUUAUUUGUGUGCCAUGGAUGUUGUUGAAGUUGAGGGUGCGGGACUCUUUGUGUUGCCUGUUGAGAUGUAACGACCAGCAUCGCCCAAUACAUUGUAUUUAAUCUUCCA